GAGGCGACGUGGAGCAAAGAAAAGCGGACAAAGCGGUUUUGGAGCGCAAGCGAGAGCGGAGGUGACGCAGCCCGGUGCGGUGAAUGCACAAAGUAAAUGUAUAGAAAAUGGAACUAUAUAUGUCGAUUGUACGGGCACGGCUGACGCUCGCUCUUGGGAUAGCUUAGCCUUUCACCGCCACGUCGCUUGUCGCUCCGCGAAUCGCUCGUAGCUUGGCGAUAGUACUAAUAAAGCCGUGUUUCUUGCGAAAUCGUGAAUAUCUUUAUAUUCAUUUGUUUUUACAAUUUUUAGGUGAGUUUUGCAAAGUAAAUCUGACGUUGCAUUUCAUAUCUUUCGUCUGUUGUUUCAUUUGAUUAGAAGUUUGUUUUUCUUUGUAGAAAUGAUGAAUCCGCAUCCACAUCCACCACCACUACAACAUCCCCAAAUUCAGCAAAUUCCUCAUCAUCAGCAAGUUUUACCACCACCUCAACAACAACAAGUACCACAACAACAAGUACCACAACAACAAGUACCCCAACAAAUACAACAACAGCAGCCAAAUCGAGGUUACUCUCUCAUGAUGGCAUUGGUUAAAAACAGUAAAUACUUCGAUUCAGAACGUUUGCAGGCUAUGCAAGAUACUCCAGGCUUACCAAAAAUCAAAAGAUCUAGGAAAAAAAUACGUGAUACGUCAACUUGGGAAAUAAAUAAGGUGAAGAAAGCUAGAGAACAAGGUAAGCCUUAUUUGACCCAGAAACGGAUAAAAGGCGUAAAAGUAGGUUAUGAAGAAAGAAAGAAGAGGGUCAUGGGUCCGGCCUGCAUGUCGCGUGUGUGCCACAAAAGCUCAAAGAGAAAAUGUGACCAAUUAGAUGAUGAAUCCCGACAGGAAUGCUUCGACAGCUUUUGGUCUGAAAUGACUUGGGCCCAAAGAAAAGCAUACAUUAGUGCUUUAGUAAACAUAUAUUAUACAAGAACUACAACUGUACCGAAUGGUGAGUCUAGGAGACACAGAACAAUUAAAUAUUCACUGAAGAUAAACAAUCAACACUGGCCAGUUUGCAAAAAGAUGUUCUUAAACACCCUCGGUCUCGGGGAAAAAACAGUUUUGGGCUGGAUCGAGAAAGCCAAUGAACAUGGUGUUGUUUCUACACCAGUUCGAAAAAAUAACAAAGAACGAUACAAUAGAGAAAAGUUGAUACAUGUUGAAACAUAUUUAAAGAAUUUGCCCAAGCUUCCCUCACACUACUUUCAUGGUAAAUCUGAAAAGGAAUACCUUGACAUUAACUUCAAUUCAGGAAAAGAGGUGUAUUUAGGAUAUAAAAUGUAUUUGGCGAAAGAAGGAAUUAAGGACAAAGAAAUAUCCUAUCCCUGUUUCCUGAGAAAAAUGAAUGCCUUGAAUAUUGCUCUGUUCUCACCAAAGAAGAAAGUUCCCCCAAACAAAAACAGUGCAAAACCCAUUUUCAGGCAGGAACAAACAUAAAAGACGGAAACAGUUGAAUAUUUGGCAGUGCCCCGUUUAAGUGAAAAAGUUCUUUUGUAUUCUCUUCAAUAUAUCUUCUGCUUUGUUGGCACGUUAAUGUGAUAUUGGUUAAAUGUGUGAUCAAUUUGGACCACGGAAGUGAUAAAAAAUCCUUCAUGUUUCUCAAGAUAUGAAAUAUUUGAAUAUAAAAAGAUAAUUUUAAGUCCACACAGGGAUGGAUUACUAUCAGAGGCAAUUUAGGCAAAUAUCCAAGCUACCUGCAUGUCCUUCCUACCUAACUGGACAGGAGGCGUAGGACUUUCUUAGCCUCUAAGCUUCUAUUUGCCUAAAAUCAGUCCUAGUAAUGUAUACUACAAGUUUAUAGCUCUCUUUCAAGCAUAAAAAUCAAUGUUAUAUUUCUCAACUCUAAUACACUACUGUUUCAGUGGCAUACUAAACUUUAAGUUAUAAUAUCACAUUAAAUAUCAUAAUCAGAAUGUUAUUUGUAAGAUGGUAAUUAUGAUAAGGAAAUCCUUGUGGUAGCUAUAUAUUUGCUAUGUAACUAGGCAUAUGUAGUCAUCCAAAUUUUAAUGUAUCACACAUGUUAUUUUUGUAUAUAGAUUGGCUGGUCCAAUUUAUUGAUAACAGUAGAAACAAAACGCCAGUUAUAAGAAAAAUGGUAUGAUCCUCUGCCUUUUCUCUAAGGACAAACUUUUGGUUAAACUGUAGGAACUGUAGCAUAGGCUUAAUGUAUGUGUCACUGUUUUGGUUUGGAUGACAUCAUAUAAAAUGUAUGUUACAUUACGAGUCAACAAAUUCAACAUUUAUCGCCCAAUUUAGCUCUUAUAGUAGUUUACGCUUGAUAGGUAUUGAAUUAGAUUUAAGAUUAUUUAUUGUUCAAAAAUAAGUAUUUAGAACUUUUACUUAUAUUUAAGACAAAAGAAAAUGAUUUCCUAUCUACUGCCAUAGAUUUUUUUUAAUUCUAUGUAAAUGUUAAAAACAUUGAAAAAAAUGGGAUCCAUGAUUUCAUUUCAACUAUUUUAUGUUUUAAUACACAUUUGCCGAAAACGACUUGUUGUUAUGUUUUAUAAUUUAAAAUUCUAAGACUGAUUAAAUUUCUAUUUUGACUUAUGAAAGUAUUUUUUCUAUGUUUUAUGAUUCAAGUAUUCACUGUAUUCAUAAAAUAAAUGUAGGCAUACAUUUAAGAAUAAAGGUGAAAUUAGAAGAUUAAA